UCCUCUUAUUCGAACGGCUUUUGUGGCUGUGGGCUUUUGAACGCUCUGGUUUGCUGCUAUCUGCUUCUUGCUUGUGCGAUAUGGUCUUGUGCGUUGAGGCAGGGAUGGGCAGAGUCGUGGACUCUUGCUUGCGCUUGGUUGUGCUCGCUUUGGUUGUUAUGACUGUGCUUGCGGCUGGUAUGUCGUUUUUGUCUACAUGGACUAUAGCUACACCUCUUCACUUCAAUCUGGGGAUUGGCAUUGUUGCCGUCCUUGAUUUCUAGGAUGGUGUAUUUUUCUCUUACUCGUUUCUGAAAACUUACUCCCAGAAGCAACCUUUUCUCUACACGAUUUUCUUCCUCCCCACGGAGACUCGAAUUAACCUCCUCUGCUCAUGCUAAACCAAGAGCAUUAUUUUUCUUCGUCACUGUUACAAUUGAUUACCAUAUCUGCUCUACAACCUGCAAAAACAAUCCUCAUAUUCACUACCUCCUACGGGUUCAUAUUUCUUUGUUACUUCUAUUUCAAUCUCUACAUUUUCCUAGUUCAUUGUCCUGAUCCACACCAACCACAGAGCCAUCCGAUGUCCAGCAAACUACUACCCCAACCUCGUCAACUGCAAAGGCAUCUGUUGCCGCCGCAACUUCAGCUUCGUCGACUCAAGCCGUCUCUACUGUAGUACCAUCAUGCCCCGCCUCAGAUGGUGUCGUUUACCAAAUAAACACUGGCUCUACAUUCCUCAUUGAAUGUGGAAUAGAUCACUACGGUGGUGACUUGGAACUCAGCUACCCUGGAAGCUUCGGCGCUUGUAUCGCAGCAUGCGAUAACAACCCUCAAUGCGUUGAUGUUGCCUACACCGACGGACCUUGCUAUCUGAAAUCUGCCCUUGGAGGCGAGAACACCAAUGCUGCCGUAUGGGGAGCCAAGCUUAUUGCUAGGGGCACUCCAGUGUCUUCAUCAUCCGUAGCGUCAGGUUCAAGCUCUAUCGGCUCAGUGACAAGCUCCAUCGCUACAAGUAGCACCAGCCCAGUCGCGGCAAUCCCUACAGGCUGGACCUACCAAGGAUGCUACAUUGACAACGCCAACGGGCGCAUCAUGAUGUACGCGCAGCCCGACGACAGCAAAAACACAGCAGAGAC